UGACAACAUGGGCAGAUUAUUGAAAAUCAUACCCAAUAUGGAGCCUUAUCUGACAAAAGCAAUUGUAACUCACAGGCAACAAAAUGAACAAAGACAAGAACAGCUGCAGCAGGCAGAACUCACCUUCAGACACCAGAUCGCAGAUCAUGAGAAGAAUGCUCAGGACAACUGGAUCAAGCCUCAGAUCUGGGAGAGGGAAAUGGCAGAGCAGAGCCAGGAGGUCGCCCGCUUGAAACACAGACUGGAUGGGAUGGAAGGAAAGAGGCUGCUUGAGGGAUACAGGAGGCGGAGACGAAUGCCUGGAAGUCCAGAGACACAGAACCCUCCGAGGAGAGCAGAUCCAGAAACUGAUGCAACCUUUGUGAGUUACAGCAGCUCUGACUGUACGAAGAAUGCAGACAAGGACAAGGACAGUGUGGAUCCAUGGGGACCUCCUCCGUUAACUGGACGAUUCUGCAUGCCCUACCCUAGAGGCGCCCCACCCCCAUGGACCAUUAGGCACAUCCACCUCCUGAACCUUGGCAGCCCUGAACCCCUCCACCUGCAACCCUUGGUGUCUCUCGUGGAGAAGGAUUGGGGCUGUAUGCAGAAAAGCAGGCAUAGCGCUUUAGCAGAUGUGUGCCAUACACAGUCCACGUGCUGGGCCCUGUGAGGCACGAGGCACAGCCUAACGUGUGUCCAUCCAGUUGCACCCCCAGCCAUCCCUCGUUGUUCAGUCAGUGAUGAACACAUCUGAAUCGGGGCUUUUAGGCGUCUUCAUCAAGUUAUAAGGGAUGGUUCUUCAAGUUCUUCUUGGGGAUCACCUGAGGCAGGGCUUUUUGCAGAUCCAGAAGCAGGCGACACUCCCAAGAGUGACAUGAACCCUGGCUCUGCCAAAACUGCCAAGAAGCACAAGGCAUGUCUUUGUGGUAACUUUAGAAGCUAAGCGUGCUUACGGGUGAGGACCUUUUCCAGUGUGUUCCUGGAAUACAUCAAGGAGGAUGACACCACACUCCACUUGGAAGUCUCCUACCUUGCCUCAUUCUUUCUGGACCUCCUCAAUGUGGAAUCAUCUCCUCAGACUUCUCUCACAAUAUCCUGAGGCUUUGCCUGUGUUCCUGCUGGCUCAGCCCUAAUACCAGUUCUCAGUGGGACCUACAGAGAGCCUCAGCUGUGGUAUCGGUGAAAACAGGGGUAAUAUUUGUUUCCAAGAACAUUAUAAAAAGAAGACAUUAAAUACGUAAAGCCUCUGCUAAAUCUCUGGGAAGUGUCCACUCACCCUUCUCACAGUUUCAAUUAAGAUAUCUCCACACAAUGAUCAUUAAAAAAAGAUGGUCAUGGGAGUUUGUUAAACUAAGACUGUUAACACCUCAGCCCAGGGAUUGGGAAUCGCCGUUUUAAACAAUAAGACAAGGUCCCUCAUUUUUCUAUUAAAAUUCGGGCCCUACCAGACAAAGAAAGAAAAGAUCAUUACGAGAAUGUGUACAUUCACAGAUCUAGAUCUGAAGACAAUCAUUUUCCAUUACGUAUAGACUCACAGAUGCAGCCACACGCUAAAGUGUUCAUCUGAGGCCACAAACUACAGAAGACAGAAUGCAUGUAGGAAAACAGAAGAUAAGACGGAAAUAACACUAAAUCUCUUUGCCUUAUAGGACAACUAUUUUGAAAUUUCAAGAGGACUGUGCACGGUGACAGACGACAGUGAUUAUGUAUCUAUUUUAAGAAGGUGUCAGAUCUGCCUGAAUGCUUUCCCUGCCCAUCCUGUCCCCUCCACUUUGUCCUUCCUACUGU